UGCCGGAUUAUAUGUGGUAAUCACUGAACUAGGCAGCCGUCAGUGUCAACGUUCGAACCUCUAAAUUCCCAUGGACAGCUAAUAGCAUAGCAACGUGAGGUCGCGGGCAAUCGUACGGGGUCUCCUCAGAAGAUUUAGAUCCACAGACGGCAGCGAAGUGGCGGCCGGAACGAGGGGAAUUUCUACGGCGGCCGAGCUUAACUCUGAAGCAAACACUUCCUCUCUCUCGCCUGCUUUCACUCCAGAAAAAGACCGCCGAUUAACUGGUCCGUGAUUUGGGUGAAAUCGUCCUCCAGACGGCGUUUGUUCUUGCGGCCGAAAUUCCGUUUCCCAAUCCGGUGCCACGACCACGAUCAAGUUGGCUUCCGCGCUCUUUGACGAAGUUGUGAACUUUCGACCCUUUAGAGCACUUCGCCGCGGCCGCCUCCUGCUGCGGCUACAGAUAUUUGAUCCCGAUCAAGAUCUUUAAAUGAUUGUGGAGUGGACCUAGAAAAGGGCAAAGGCAAAGAAUUUUUGGUGACUGUCCGGCGUGGCUGUUCUCAGUCUUGAUUUCUUGAGCCACUAGUCAAUAAAGUCACCACACAUUGGUGCUUACCUCAAUGAGGGAAAUCAAGCCCUUAUCAGAACCUAGAUGUUCUACUGCCACAUUCUUCAAGAAUCCCAAAGCCAUCAUUGCCCUUGCUUUGCUUCUCUUUGAUGCUGUGCUCACUGCUGUCAUCAUCACCUAUGUUCCUUAUACGAAGAUUGACUGGGAUGCAUACAUGUCACAGGUAACCGGGUUUCUUGAAGGAGAGAAGGAUUACAGCAAGCUAGAAGGUGACACAGGGCCACUAGUUUACCCUGCUGGGUUCCUCUAUGUUUAUUCUGCUAUUCAGUAUGUCACUGGAGGACAGGUCUUUGCCGCUCAGAUUCUGUUUGGUGCCUUGUACAUCGUGAACCUUGCUAUCAUCUUAUUCAUCUAUGUAAAGGCAGAUGUGCUCCCUUGGUGGGCACUUGUCUUGCUUUCUCUAUCGAAAAGGAUCCACUCUAUCUUCGUCCUUCGUCUCUUCAAUGAUUGUUUUGCAAUGACACUGCUGCAUGCUGCUAUGGCCUUACUUCUUUACCAACAGUGGCAUCUUGGACUGAUCCUUUUCAGUGGGGCUGUUUCUGUAAAGAUGAAUGUUUUGCUCUAUGCUCCUCCAUUGCUGCUCCUUAUGUUAAAGUCAAUAGAUUUUCGCCGGGUGAUAUCUGCUUUAGCUGGAGCAGCAUUUUUACAGAUCCUGUUGGGGCUCCCAUUUUUACUUUCACAUCCAGCUGCUUAUAUGUCCAGGGCCUUCAAUCUUGGUCGCGUUUUCAUCCACUUCUGGUUUGAAGGAGGACUGCUGAGAUUGUUGCGUUCCAGAGUUUUGUCUUUUUCUGGUACUAAGAGUUCGCCAAUGAAGAUAAAGGAAGAACACAUCGUGACAACUAUGUUUGUUGGCAACUUCAUUGGCAUUGUAUGUGCCCGCUCAUUGCAUUAUCAAUUCUACUCUUGGUACUUCUUCAGCAUUCCUCAUCUACUAUGGACGACGAGGUUUCCCACACUAGUGCGUUUGGUGCUGUUUAUAGGCGUCGAACUCUGUUGGAAUAUCUACCCAUCCACCGUUGUUUCGUCGGCUCUGCUUUUGUUUCUCCACCUAGUAAUCCUUUGGGGUCUAUGGUCGGCACCACCAGAAGAUUCGAUUCCAGGAACACCCAAGACGAACACCCUAACAAAUUUCAACCCGCCUCAAGUUUCCUGCGUAGCCUGCAAGAUGAAGCGAUGCAAGUCCAGUGCUGACAGAAUCACCAACCUUCCUGCCGAUGUGAUAAAUCGCAUCCUCGUGUUCUUACCCAUUAAAGAUGCCGGCAAAACUAGUGUCUUGUCAAGGAAAUGGAGGCGUCGAUGGAGAAGCAUUCCUCAACUUGUUUUUGAUAAAGAGUUUGCCAACAUUCUUGACGAACCUACAUCUGAAUGGAAGGUGAUGAAUAAGCAAGUGAUGCUGAACAUACUCCAGUGCCUGCUUCUUCAUGAUGGGCAUAUAGCCAAGUUUGAGAUUUCAAUACUUGGAUUAGCCCCCUGCCAGGAGAGUGGCCUCAUCAUUCUUCACCUUUUUAACAAAGGUGUCCAAGACUUUACCCUAGAGUUUGAUGAGCCAGAGGCUGCUGAAGAGCGCUAUCAGAUGCAUUCUUCCUUGUUUUCUGCACUUCACCUGAAAUCUCUGCAGCUUAAGUCUGUAAAAUUUGCACCACCAACUUGGUUUGUUGGCUUUAGUAAGCUUACCCAUCUUGAACUGGCAGAGGUUAUUUUGCCUGAUGAUUUCUUCGAGAAUUUCCUGCCUAAGUGCCCGAUGCUGGAACUUUUGAAGCUUGCAUUUUGUAAGGGCCUUGCUGGUAAACUUGAGAUCGUGGCUCCAUUUCUCAAAUCCUUCAGCUACAUGGGUUUUUUGGAUAUCUACUUCAAGUCUACUCCACUUCUGUCAGAUCUCUCACUUCAUUAUGGCCGCAUACCUGAUAUGGCAUCGGCAUCCUCGCUUGCUUCUCUCUCAAGACUCCAGCGGUUCCAUGUUAACUGUCAAAGCCUGCAAAAACUUGCUGGAAUUGGUACGAACGCGCCCACCAGAUUUCAAACUCCUCUUCACCAGUUAAAUUUCCUCUGCAUCGACGAUGUUGUCUUUGACGGUUCCAAAAGGGAGCGUGCUUUUGUUUGUUUGAUCAUGAGCUCUCCCAACCUGCGCAGCCUCACAGUCGGAGUUGGGGUUCGUUGUGUUUCCCAACUGGACUUUUUCGACUGGCAGAGCCUAUUAGGUUGUGAACCUAUAAAUAACAAAGUUAGCAGCUUAUGGAGGUUGUUGGAAGCAGAGGACUGUCCUGGACCUUCUGAUUGUCUUCAGCAUCUAAGAGAGUUCAGAAUUGAGUAUGUCCAUGGUACACAUGCUGAGUUGGACCUCAUGAGGUUCGUGCUAGCCACUGCCCCGCUACUUCGAUCGGUUUAUGUCAGGCCUAGAUGUGGAUUGCGGACGGAGAAGAAUACGAAAUUCAUGAAAGAAGUGCUGCGAUGUAAGCAUGUUUCUAAAGAAGCAGAGAUUACUUAUGACUGGGAUUAUACGAUGGACUGAGAUCUUUCUGAGCUUUUACUAUUGUUAGUGACAGUGUAGUUCACACAAUGACUUCGUACACUAUGGCUAUGGAACGGGAGUAAAAUGUAUCAUGUGGUAAAAGUUGAGAUUAUUUUGUAACAUCAU